AGAUAAGAACACAUUGAUUUGUCACAAUGAUUGUCUUCCGGGUGUGCUGAUUUCAUUACAUACACCGUACAUGUAGCUGUAUACAUUGUAAACACGCAUUGUUUUUAAAGAAAAGAACAUGCUUUGAUUCGGAUGAAUUGUCUAACCAUGGACGGGAUCUCUUCCAUUCGGGUAUCUGGCGGAUUUCCACUUUCGCUUUCUACACGAAGUGUCUACAUUGAAAUCGAAAGUUUUAAACUUGAAUUUAUUCUCUCUUCAAACUCUACACAACAAGAACUGGAUCGGGAGCUGUCCGUGUUUUAUGCUUGUGUGGAUUGGGCGGAUAACGGGGACACUGGAUUAUACAUACGAUGUACAGAUCCGAACAGGGACAUAUUGAACUGGAGAAAGGAUGUGGAGGGGUGUCUUCAACAUUUCGUUAGCAAUAUCUCUGUCAAAGCUACAUCUUUGAAAUCACACGAACAUUCACAUAUUUUACAAAAAUUAGGAAGUCUACAAAAUAUUUUAAUGAAAACUGAUUUAGACUCCAGGACGGUAUACAUUAUUGGUUUGACAUAUUUUGUUGAUAAAGCCAUCAUGGAAAUUGAACGAUUGGAGUGUGACGACUCUUCACAGGAACAACAGAUGGAAAUCCCACUGUCAGCGUGCGAAGCUUUUCUGUUGAUGAAUUCUGGCAUUGAAAACCAAAUAACAAAACAGGUGAAGAAUGUAAAGAUGACGAUGGAUCUGACUGAAUAUAAGAUAAAACUACUGGGGUGUGAGAAGGCGCUAAUUUCUGCCAAAAGCAUUAUAUCAAAUGAGCGAUACCUCAUCAAAGAAAGACUGGUCAGCAACCUAUCCCCAGAACGCCGCUACCUUAUAGGUCUGGAAAAUGCAAAGAAAUAUCUAAGUAAAAAAAUCCAAGCAUCGAAGGCAUUGUGCUUCAUAGACACGUCAUCAUUAGACGCUGUGAAGUUGUGUGCAUUUACAGAAAUGGAAUUGAAUAAAUCCGAAAAUAUUCUGCUAAGUAGUAUUGUAGAAGAGUACGUUGAUAUCCAAGGCGACUUUGCCGGCUCAAUAAGCCCUACAGAAUAUAGUCCGAUGUUUAAACAAAUAGAAAGCAAAUAUCCGGGCCUUGUUAAGAUUGGAUUUGUGCCAGUGGAAGGGGCUGUCCACGUCGUAUCCGUUGUAGAUCACAGUCGUUCUACAGUGAAAGAGGUUCGCGACAUUCUGUCCAGGAGCCAGGUUUUUGAAACUGUGGACUUGUACAGGCCUUGUGUAUUUAGAUAUAUAUUGCAAAACAGGGCAGAGGAAAUCAAAUCCCUUUCACGGAAGCAUAAUGCUGUGUCAUCGACAAACUCUAAAAUCUUUGCAAUCAGAGUUAGUGGGAAAUAUGAUGAUGUUGUUCGUUUCAGAAAUGAGAUUGCAGACAUUAUACAAACUAUUCAUUGGUCGGUCCAUCACGUAUCAAUUCCCUCUCGAUAUAAAGACACUUUUCCCGACAUUUGUUCUGCUGUAGAAACCCAGAUUGACUGUACAAACGACAUUGUCAAUUUGUCGUGUAUUAGCGAGGCUGAAUCUGAAGCUAGAAAAGUUAUCGUAAUGGCGGGCAGUCUUAAAUACGUAGAAUGUGACGUUAUGGUUGUGUACGCAAACAUUCAACAUAAGCCAAACUGCCGCCAAUCAGAGCUUGUAGUCAAAGCAGCAGGUGGAAUGACGAUUAUAAAGGAAUGUAAGGAAACCGCACUGGAGGAUGGGAAACCGGGAGAGUGGGACGUGGUAGCGACUGGCGCCGGGAAGCUGAAAAAUUGUCUGACGCUGCUACACAUCAUCAUCCCAGAUCUCAGCUCUGAUGUCCAGAGAGAACAGCUCGAGAUAGCCUAUCAUCUCUGCUUUUCCAAGAUAGAACGGCAGAGAUUUCGGUCCAUUGCCUUUUCCGUUACUGACAAACUAUCAUUGAGCAGACAAGUUCAGGCUUUAGCCGGUACCACUAAGGCUUAUUUUACUUCUCGCCCUUGGAGCGGGAUAAGGACCGUCGUAUUCUGUGAUGACAGGAAAUCCUCUCAUUCUUUCCUUUACGAGUUUAUGUCAUCACGACCUUCCUGCGAUUGUCUCCUUGAAGGGCAUUUCAAGAAUGAUUUUACUUCACAUUUUGUCAAAACAGGUGAGAACUGGGAUACCACUCCGCGAAUAAAUUUAUCUUCAGCCUUUACAUUCAAUGUGGGACAGGUUAUGGUUCAUGGAAUUUUAGGUGACAUCACUGAAACACAAGUAGACGCCUUUGUGAACAGCUCUAACAAAUUUCUUGAUCUCACUAAAGGUGCAGUUUCUCAAAAUAUUCUGAUUAAAGGUGGAACAUCACUGGAAAAGCAAUUGAAUUCUACAGAGAAACGUCGAGAGAUGGAUAAGCAUGGUCUGGUUGUCACGACAUCAGGCGACUCCUGUCAGAUCCCCGCCCUGUUUAUAAUCCAUGUUGAUGCUACAUCUGUCAGACGGACCUUUAGUAAAGUCAACCUGGCGUGGAGAAAAAUGGUUUUAAAAUGUCUGCAAAAGGCAGAGCAAAUGAAACUGACAAGCUUGGCCUUCCCUGCUUUGGGAACUGGAUCUUUACAAGGAAACAUUGGAGCAACAGCAGGAUUUAUAUUAGAGGCUGUGGAGGAAUUCGUCAAAAGAAAACCGGUCUACCUGAACCAAAUUUACGUCGUAGUUCUAGAGCAAUCUGUGUUAGUGGACCUGCACAAUAGAAUACGUGAUCGAUACAUCGAUAACAUGAAAUUGUGGAACCCUGAUUAUGAAGAGGACGUGUGUGCAGAUGUCCUAAUCUGUGGAAGAUCCCAGGAUAUUGUGAACAAAGCUGCUCAACGAAUCAAAACGUCUCUGUAUGCUGUCCAAACCGAUACAUAACAAUGUCAAUGCUCAGGCCAACCAUGCUCGGGCGAUAUAAACUUAUUUAUCUGUGAACAAGAAAUACCGCUACUUCUGAUGCAAAUAUUUAUUUCUCACGCAAGAUAAAGGGUUUGACAGAUUUUAUGCUCUCUAAUAUCCAAAUUCAGCACUGGGUAAGAUCAUGCAAAGAAAGGAAUAAAUGGGGAUGGAACAGAAGAAACAUGAAAGAGACGAGAUCCUGUGUCAUAACUGCGUCAUAAUUGCAGUACAUUACUGACUAGCUACCUUCUACUUUAGUAUUUGUGAUCGCUAAUGCUGAUUUUUAAAGGUGGCUUUCUAGACCAAAUUUAAUGAAUGACUCAUUAAGGCAUUUAAUAUAUAUGGAGUGUGAUUUCGCCCUCGAAAGAGUGAUACAAGCUCUCAAUUAUUUUACAGGAAUGUUUUGUGUUUUUCGUCUUUUCUAAUAAUAAAACAGUGUUUUGUUUGCAAA